CCCACAUUCACUUUAAUGCCUUCCUCAAAAGAAGCCAUCUGCCCCUCCACUGGAUUUGUGACUGAAACAAAACGAAGGACAUUCACAAUGUUUGGUCGUAUCUUUUUGAGACGCUUGUCUAGCCUGGCAGAACCUUUGCCUAAAGCAUCACAAGGACAGUACCCUGUGCCAAACUCAUCCAGAUACAGGAAGCUGCAGGAACUGCAGACCCGUUUUUGUCAAGACGAUGGACUGCUGGUCUGGCAAAAGCAGCCCGCUGAUGUGACCUUGUACAGAAUUUCCUGCAUCCUGGUGGUGACUGGAGUCGUCCUCACUUUCGAUACCCUCAGGCGGAUGGCAGCUCCACCCAAGAAUGAAUAGAGAGACAUCAUGUAUACUUCAAAUUUUUGUAGGGAUUUGGGGUGAGAAGAUAACUGUUUUACAAGCACAGCCCAAGAAAGGAGGAACAAAAGGAAAAAGGAAAAUUUGUGAUAACAACAUGAGUUACCCUAGAUGUAGUAGGGCUUCUUUUUUAUGUGUAUGGAAAUGAGUGCAGGAACGUAUCUCAGUCACUUUCAAGAGAAAUGAAAGAUAAAUAACUGAGUAGUUUUUAUGUUUGAAUGUUAUAGCUUGUGAAAUGAAUAAACAUCUUCACCUUGAAAA